AUGACGUCGACCACCUCCCCGUCGGCCAGCACGGCGGCGCGGUUGCCCCGGAAGCCCCACCCCACCCGCCGCACCUCCGCCACCUUCUCCCCGUCGAUGCUCACCCGCAGCAGCCCAUCGCCGCCCCUGCACGCGUGCACGGCCACCUCGUGCUCGUCGCCGCCCUCGCGGAACCGGCACCGCGUGACGUGCGCCGCCCCCGCGCCCCGCAGCUGCUCGCGCCGGCUGACGAGGGCCGCGCCGCGGGGGACGGCGGCGCCGAGGCCGAGGCCGAGGCGGUGGGAGAGCUCGCGCGCCGCGGCGCCCGCGCCGAGGAGGAGCGCGAGAACCCCGACGGCCGUGCCGGCGCCGGUGACCAGCGUCCGGCUCCCCCGCUUCUUCUGCAGCAGCACCUGGCGGCUCCCCGCCGCCGCUGCCCAUGACGCCGAGUCGCCAUCGUCGAAUGCGACGGCGACGCCGGCCGCUCCCGCGGCGCUGCGGGUCCACGUGACCCGGACGAGCAUCUCCUUGCCCGAGGACAGCACCGCCCUGUACACGCUCGUGGUCGCCGCCUGCAGCGAGCGGUCGAGCGCGCCGCGGCCCGAGACGGAGGCCGCCGCGACGCUGACGGAGCCGUCGCCGAAGCAGGACAGCUCCCUCAUUGCUCCGCCGCCGGCCGGUCCGCCGCUGUUAGCAAUGGCGACGCCGGGCAGAGCGAUUCAACGCCGCGAAUCUGGCUGCAGGCACGCUGCCAAUGCAAUGCAUCGGAGGCGAGGCGAGGAGACCACCGAACGGCGUUUUAAUUGGGGAGCUUGCAGGGAGGUGGCGGUCAAAGGACUCAUUUAACGGCAAAAACCCACUGCAGGUCUGGUCAAAUAAGGAAUUUUGUUAGCAUUAAAACGUUAGGCAAUUUGACCAAAGAUUAUUCUCAGCUGUCAGCAUGUUGCAGCCCGUCGCCAUUGCUAGGCUAGGCUGCCAUCUACCCAACAUAUUAUUUAGUAUCAGUUUUUUUUCCUUUAUUUUUUGCACGAUGGCAUUGCUGGCAAGUGACAGGGAGACCGUAUCAUAUUC